UUGGUUCCUUUUUUGGGGGUUUUUUGGGCACUUUGGCACCGAUGUGUUGAGGAGAGGAGAGGAGUGAGGUUUCGGGUACAGCCUUGUGGAUUCUCUUCAUUUCUGUUUUUUCACCCCUUACACACAUCAGUAAAAGAGGAGGGUAAUUAUAGGUUUUGGAGGUUUACGCACAGGUUUGGAUGCACAGAAGAGACUGGGCACGUUUGGAGACUUGUUGCGCAUCCAAGGAGCGCACUAGUCCUGUUUUCAUCCAAAUCUACUAUGAAAACCUGAUUUGAGAGCAAUGCAGCCUCAGUGACUAUGACAAUCUGUUCAUAAUUAAUGAAAUUGGGUCGAUUGGUUUCAGAGCUGUGGAGGCUUCAGGAAAAAAAAACCCUGCUUUAAAUGGCAUUUACGCACACAGCCGAGGAGUCAAACUUUAUCCUUUUAUCCUGCUCAGACCUCACGACUUGAUUCAUUUCAGUGAUUAGAUAUUAGAUUUUGUCCUCUGCUUCUCACCGACAUGUCUGAUGGGACCGGAGACGGGCUGUGCGCCGACGGAGCGCCGGACUUCAUCCCGCAGAGAGCGUCCCGUGGCCGGCGGAGCGGUGUGGUCCUCCCCGGUACCGGACAGGACACCGACUCCAUCCUCCUGGAUUCGGUGAAGGCAGCACCUCGGCGGAGCAGCAUCAUUAAGGAUCCCUCAGUGCAGAAGGUUGGCGGAGGCAGGAAGAAGACUGUGUCCUUCAGCAGCAUGCCCUCUGAGAAGAAGGUGAGCAGUGCUGCAGACUGCCUGGCGUUCAUGCAGGGCGGAUGUGAGCUGAAGAAAAUCCGGCCCAACUCCAGGGUUUACUGUCGCUUCUACACGCUGGACGGCGACCUCAGCUGCUUGCGCUGGGAGCCGUCCAAGAAGGACGCCGACCGGGCUCGGCUGGACGUCUCCAGCAUCCGAGAGGUUCGCACCGGGAAGAGCACCGAGACGUUCCUCCAUAACAGCCCUCUGUCCGAGCACCUGGCCGAGGAGGCGGCCUUCUCUGUCAUACAUGGGGACGAUUACCAGUCCCUGGACUUGGUUGCGUUGUCGGCAGAUGUGGCCAACAUCUGGGUGACGGGCCUUCGCUACCUGUUGGCCCACCCGUCAGUUAUCGGGGGUGCUGGAGGGGGAGGCGGCGGAGGAGUAGGGGGGCUGGGUGAGGGAGUGGCGGUGGACGGCAGCCCAGGAGGGAAGAUGAGGAGUGAGUGGCUGGCGGCGGAGUUCGCCCAGGUGGACGAAGACGGCUACGGCAUCGUGUCAGAGGACGUCGCCGUGGCAACCAUCUGUAAACUCUGCCCAGGCAUCAAAGAAGCCAAGGUGCGUCUGCGUUUUAAGGAGAUCCAACGCAGCAAGGAGAAGCUCACCUCCCACGUGACCAACGAGGAGUUCCACGAGGCCUUCUGCGAGCUCUGCACCCGGCCGGACGUCUACUUCCUACUGGUGCAGCUGUCCAAGGACCGGGAGUGUCUGGACCCCCAGGACCUGCGUCUCUUCCUGGAGUCGGAGCAGGGUUUGUCCCUGGCGACCACGGAGGGCUGCUGGGAGCUCCUGCAGCGCUGCGAGCCCUCGGCCCAGGGCAAAGAGAAGGGGCUGCUGGGUCUGGACGGGUUCGCCCGCUACCUGCAGUCCCCAGAGUGCCAGCUGCUCGACCCGGAGCACCUGGGGGUCUGUCAGGACAUGAACAUGCCUCUGUCCCACUACUACAUCAGCACCUCGUACCGCUCCUACCUGCUGGAGGACCAGGUCCACGGCAGAGCGGACCUCGGAGGGUUGAUCAGGGCCCUGCAGACCGGCUGUCGAUGUCUGGAGCUGGGAGUGACCGACGGCCCUGAGGGGGAGCCUCUCCUCGGGGUCGACUACGGGCCAGAUAUCCCCCGCCACCAUCACCACCACCACCAUCACCAUCACCCCCACCACCACGCGCCUGUCACCGUCCGCUCCGCUCUGGAGGUGAUCAACAAGUACGCCUUCCUGACCUCCCAGUACCCGCUCCUGGUUUACCUGUGCCAGCGUUGCUCGCCCGGCCAGCAGCGCACCAUGGCGCAGCACUUAAAGAAAGUGUUCGGCUCCCGUCUUUACAAGCCGGAGGCCCUCAAUGUCACCCUGGGGGGGCGAGCCCCGACCUUACCCUCCCCCGAGCAGCUGAAAGGACGCAUCCUGAUAGUGGGGAAGAAGCUCCCCCCGGAGCAGAACGGCUCCGAUGGGGAGGUGUCGGAGGAGGAUGAGGAGAUCGGAGGAGGGGGGCCUCUGGCGGGACGGCGGAUGACCAUCCCAGGUGAGGAAGAACUGGGCGUGGUCUUGGUGGUGCCCCCGCCCUCUCAACCCAGGAAGCUCCGCCUCCACAAGGAGCUGUCAGACCUGGUGGCGAUUGGUCGCACGGGCAGCCGCAGCUUCUACGCCCAGAGGUCCAGUCACAAACAGAACCAGCAGCAGUCUCCGCCCAGCAGUCCCUCCUCCCCCAACACGCCGCUGCCUUCCGAGCUGCCUUAUUGGACGCUGUGCUCCCUGGGUGAGGGGGAGGCCGGGCGCCUGACCACGGAGAGCCCGGAGGACCUUGUAAUGUUCACCAAGCGCACCCUGACCAGGGUACGACCCAGCUCUGUGCGCCUGGACUCCAGUAACCCCAACCCACAGGGGUACUGGAAGGGAGGGGUCCAGCUCGUGGCCUUGAACCAGCAGACGCCCGGUGCCAUGCUGGACCUCCACAGGGGUCGCUUCUCACAGAACGGAGGGUGCGGUUAUGUCCUCCGACCGGCUGUGAUGAGGGAUGAGGUGUCGUAUUUCAGCGCUCAUACUCAGGGCUGCGUGCCAGGAGUGCCGGCUCAAACUCUACGGAUUAAGGUGAUCAGUGCCCACAACCUGCCCAAGCCUCAGGGAUCAGGGGCGAAGGGAGAGGUCAUCGACCCGUAUGUGGUCCUGGAGCUGCACGGUGUACCAGCUGACUGCGCCGAACAGCGGACACGCACCGCUGCUCAGAACCAGGACGACCCGCUGUUUGAUGAGACCUUUGAGUUUCAGGUCAACAUGCCGGAGCUGGCCCUGCUGCGCUUCGUGGUGUUAGACGACGACUACAUCGGAGACGACUUCAUCGGCCAGUACAGCGUGGCCUUCGAGUGCCUUCAGCCCGGCUACCGCAACGUGCCCCUGCUGGGCAUGGCGGGAGACCCCUUACCCCACACCAGCCUGUUUGUCCACGUGGCGGUCACCAACCGGCCGGGAGGCGGGAAGGCCCAGCGGCGAGGUCUGUCGGUGAGGAGGGUGGGAAGGCGGGGCCGGGAGUACGUCACGCUGAGGCACACCGGCAUCAAGGCGGUGGACGAGACCUUCAAAGCGGCUAGUGCCCCUCUGAAAGAGGCCACGGACCUGCGGGAGGAAGCUCAGAGCACCACGUCCAGCUUCAAAGAGCAGUGUGGGCUCCCCACGGUGGCCAAACUGAAGCAGUGCAUCCAGAGCCUGGCCACCAGGCUGCAGAGCCCCGAGGGCACCAUGGGGGCCACCAUGGUGCUGAAGGAGGGCUACCCGUGUCUGGAGACGCUGGUCAGCCUCUCGGAGCCGACACGCAAACUGCUCUCCGCCUACGACACGAUGAUUGCCGCCCAGAAACAGCUGAUUGAGCACGCCGAUGCUGUUCAGGAGCGAGUCGCCCAGGUGCAGAGAGAAGGAAUGGACUUCCACGAGGAUCUCUCUCGUCUCGGGGAGAAGGAGGGACUGAAGGGACGCAAGCUGAGCAAAGCUGUGGAGAGUUUCACCUGGAACAUCACCGUGCUCAAGGGUCAGAGCGAUCUGUUACGCGGAGCAAAGAUGGAUUCCCUGGAUGCGCUGAGGCAGCUGGCUCUGGCCUGUGAAGCCUGCGGACUCACCUCCUCCUCCACCUCCUCUUCCUCCAACUCCUCGUCCUCCACCUUCUCCACGGCCGAGCUGCACUACUCCUCCCACCCUCUGCCUGGCCGCCGGAGCAGCACACACGGCAACGGACGCAUCUGAUGAGAAAGGGAGUGGACGGAGAUGAGGAAGAUAUGAGAGCGAGAAUGAGACGGGGGAAGAAGAGGUGUGGGUAUAAAAAGCACCACAGGAGUCUUUCUCUCUGGCAGCGUAUCCCUUUAUACAGUAAAGUAUGUGUCUAGACUAGACUAGACUAGACCAGAGCAGUACAUCUGUUAAAGCCCUACGGUGGGUUCAUCAAUUUAUCACUGAAGGUCCGGCCUGCAGAGAGGCUACUCAUGAAUGUCGCAACUCCGCCGUGGAAAAAGAAAGCAAAGACAGACUCUCCACACAGGUUUCUUAACGGCUCCUCCUUAUUUUUCUGUGUGAAAAAACGUGCGAUUCAGCGUUGUUACUCUGCAGGUUUUUCCCUCAUUAGAGAGGAAAUAAUAAGACAGCUGAGUAGUUUGUGACGAUGUGGCUGUAGUGGAGCUGAUGUUCACGGUCCUGUUGGUGUUCAGAGGUAGAGCUGACGGGACAAGUUGUUCUCUGCCUCAGCGUUUCAGCUGGUCCUCUGGGAAGGUGACAAGAUUACCUGUGUGUGUGUGUGUGUGUGUGUGUGUGUGUGUGUGUGUGUGUGUGUGUGUGUGUGUGUGUGUGUGUGUGUGUGUGUGUGUGUGUGUGUGUGUGUGUGUGUGUGUGUGUGUGUGUGUGUGUGUUUAAAGUGUUGCAAUUAGGGGAAGGUGCUAUAAAACACUGAUAGACAGGAUAAGACUCACACAAAAAAACACACAGGAAGAAUAUAACUCAUUAAAAUAGCCUGGAUUUAAGUGUAGGCUAAUAGUACUUUUUAAAAAAGUUUUAUGGUUCACCUUGUUUUGUUUUUACAUGUUACUGCAAUUUUACUUAUGCAGUAUCUUGAUGUUAGAAAACAACAACAACACAAGGUUUUUAAUCCAAUAAGGAUGAUGUCACAUAAAGUAGGUCUCGGUAUCAUGUCUGGAUUACUGAACCAGACCACCGGGCACAGGGGCCAAAAGUGUCAGAGGCCAUCCUGGUCACUCAAAGAGACACGUACCAACCAGUGAGAGAGACUCAUAAUGACCACAAAGAAACGCACAAGGAGACUCGCAACUACUAUUAAAAGGAGGCAAAACAACCACAAAGAGAUUAAAUGACCAAAAAGAGACACAAAAAAUGUCUCAAAGACAACAAAACAACUACAAAGAGAUGCAAAACAGCUGCAGAGACGCACAAUGAAACUCACAGAUACAAUGAAAAGGGGCAAAACAACCACAAAGAGAUAUGAAAUGACCCCAAAGAGAACAAAACAAAGAAGAGAUGCGAAUAGAGGCAAAAGAGACUCUCAAUGACUUUGAAAGUGGGCUUAAAGACCACAAAGAGACACAAAAUUACAAUGAAGAUACAAAAAAACAACUUCAAAGAGGAGCAAAACAACCACACACAAAAAAUAUCUACAAAAAGACCAAAACAGAGACAGAAAGAUACAAAAACAACUACAAAAAGAGGCCAAACUACUGUAAAUCUGUGGGUUUUUGUGGUGGUGGGGCCUUUUGCAUUUAGGUGCCCGUUGUCUCAUCAUCCGCCCAUUAUAUAAUAUAAUGGGCCUAAUAUCAAUAUCGGCUGAAAAACCUUAGAAAUAACAUGGUGGUUGUUCUGGCAACGUAAUAUCCCUCCAAAAGCUAUCGGAAAAAAUGAGUCUCUAUGUAUGUCAUACGAAAAAUAGAGCUUAUCUCCAGUAUCAACAGUUACUAAUGAGGUUUGGGAGUUUUGAGAGGUGAAAAGUCUCAUUCAUAUAAACAUUUGCUAAAUGUAUCUAAUAGACUGCGUCAGUUCUUUGCAGACUUGAACCUCUUAGAAAACACUGAGCUGUGGAACUCUUGGUCUGAAAUAACUACACAGGUAAUAAUAAUAAUAAUAAUAAUAAUAAUAAUAAUA